AUGCAUCCACAGUGCUCACGAAAGAGGGGUGUUCAGGCGUUAAUAUCGCCUGAAACCGCUCUAGCCCGUAUCCGGGGUGUCUCUGUCUGGGGCGUGAUGGACACCCUCACUGUAAGUUCCGGAUUGGCGCUCAUAACACGAGGUCCAGACGACGUUACUCUGGGUGCUUAUGACGCCAAGUACUGUACCAGUGAACAGCGGCUAUACGAAACUCGUAUGAGAAUGGAGACGAACGCCGGUGCCGGUCACUGUGUUCUUGACCUUCCAUUAUUUGGUGGUGAGAUGCUCCUCCUACAUGCGUUCGAGUUCGACACCCUCUUACCCGCUUCGAGUUCUUCUCGCAGCACCACGACUAACCUCCUCCCCAUGCAUCUGUCGCAUGCAGACUCGGCCAUGAGUCGAACCCAAUGGGUAACCGCGGUUGUAAGCUCAGAGUCGACUCUUGGUUUCGCUAUCAGGUACAGCGGUCCUGAGUAUUCUGGACACCAGUGGAAGGGAGGCGAUUUACGAGCGCGAACGGGGGCAAGUAGCGGUCCACCACCACCACCAUCACCACCACCGCCUUUCUCUAUUGGUAGUAACAUUUCGAAGGGGAAGAGGAAGCUCGAAGCUCGGGAUAUUUAUGUUAAUGUUAGCUUCUUAAUCUCACGAGAGGAGGAACGUCGGGAGAACCGCCGUUAG